CGCAGGUUAAUGAAAUAUGUCAUCAGAGGUUUUACCGCUCUGAUUACGUGUUUGUCUCUCUCUCUCUAUGUGUGUGUGUGUGUGUGUGAGAGAGAGAGAGAGAGAGAGAGAGAGAGAGCGAGUGAGUGAGAGAAAGAGAAGUGUGCAUUUCCUUCACUCCCUCCGUACUCGUUCUCACUAUACACGUCGUCUCCGUGAUAUUUGUCAGCAGAACACGCGUGCUCCGUUACCAAGACAAUCGCGGAUCACGAGGCUCGUCGUUCCGUCCCCGCGUCUCCCGUUACCGGAGUUUCGGGAAUGUCGAAUCCCAGGAAAGACUUUGACGUGAAACAGAUCUUGCGCAUCCGCUGGCGAUGGUUCGGCCACCCCACAUCUCCUCCAUCUCCCGGUAACCAGCCUUCGGGAGACCUCUUCAGCAGCGGCAGCAGCAGCGGUGGAAGCAGCCGGGGGACCGGAGGCUCCUCAUCCGGCGGUGAUCAGCCCUCUCUCGGCGGCUGCAUUAACUCCAACCCCGUCGCCGGUGCUAGUUCGAGUAACGGCAACUCUUCCUCCAACAUAAACAACAAUCGAAAGUUUGGUGAUUCAUGUCCAAAUAGCGGGCACUCCGCAGCUGCAGCAGCAACGGUGGUAGUUAGUGCCUCCUCGUGUCCUCGGUCCAUGAGCCAGCAGGAGUGCCGGAGCUCCCCGCCGGCGCCUUGGGUCUUCCCGGCACACUCGCGCUCCAGCGAGAGCCUGGAGCCGCUCGUGCAGCAGCAGAAGCAGAAGCAGAAGCAGAAGCAGCAGUCCACGCGUAUAAAAGACGCCCCUGCCCCUGGAGACGAGGAGAACAAUAAUAACGUAGAGUCUGACUCCAGCUCGUGCAGGACGUCUAAUAGCAGUGUGACUUUGUCCUCAUGUGCGUCCAUGGAGCCGUGUGUGUCAGAUGAACAUUUCGAGGCACACAGUCACGCGGAACACACCUUCAGACGCAUGGAGGCCUACCUGAGGACCAGGAAACUCUGUGACGUUGUCCUCCUCGCCGGAGACCGCAGAAUACCAGCACACAGACUGGUUCUUUCCUCUGUGUCCGAUUACUUUGCGGCCAUGUUCACCAGUGAUGUCCGAGAGGCAAAACAAGAGGAGAUCAAAAUGGAGGGUGUGGAUCCAGAUGCAUUAUGGGUCUUAGUACAGUAUGCUUACACAGGGCGUUUGGAGUUGAGAGAGGACACAAUAGAGAGUUUGUUGUCAGCUGCCUGUCUUCUGCAGCUGUCUGCGGUGGUUCAGGCCUGCUGCAGUUAUCUAAUGAAACAACUCCAUCCCUCCAACUGUCUGGGCAUUCGAUCUUUUGCCGAUGCUCAGGGUUGCCUGGACCUCCAUAAGGUGGCACACAACUACACCAUGGAGCACUUUAUGGAGGUCAUGAGGCAUCAGGAGUUUCUGCUCUUGCCUGCAUGUGAGGUGGAGAAGCUUUUAGCUUCUGAUGACAUGAACGUUCCAGAAGAAGAAACUGUGGUAACAGCCCUGCUUAGCUGGGUCCGCCAUGAUGCUUCCUCCCGUCAAUCACAGCUUCCUGCUCUCCUCGCUCAUAUCCGCCUACCCCUGCUUAAACCACAGUUUUUAGCUGAUAUGGAGUCAAAUCCAUUGCUAAGGGACAGUGUGGAGUGUCAGCGGCUGGUGAUGGAGGCCAUGAAGUAUCAUUUGUUGCCAGAAAGAAGGCCGCUUCUCCAGAGCCCGAGGACACGUCCACGCAAGGCCACGGUUGGGGCACUUUUCGCCGUGGGUGGCAUGGAUGCCACAAAAGGGGCCACUAGUAUUGAGCAGUACUGUUUACGGAGGGACACAUGGCGGCAGGUGGCUGUCAUGAGUGGAAGAAGGCUGCAGUUCGGCAUUGCGGUUCUUGAAGACCGCCUGUAUGUGGUUGGGGGACGAGAUGGCCUCAAAACUCUAAACACAGUGGAGUGUUACAACCCCCGCAGCAAGAGCUGGAGCGUCAUGCCCCCCAUGUCCACGCACAGACACGGCCUAGGCGUUGCAGUCUUAGAAGGCCCCAUGUAUGCAGUGGGAGGUCAUGAUGGUUGGAGUUAUCUCAGCACGGUGGAGCGCUGGGACCCUCAAGCUCGCCAGUGGAGCUUUGUUGCAUCCAUGGCAACACCUAGAAGCACUGUGGGAGUUGCAGUGUUAAACAGCAAGCUGUAUGCUGUGGGUGGUCGUGAUGGAAGUUCAUGUCUGAAAUCAGUGGAGUGUUUCGAUCCUCACACCAACAAAUGGAGCAGCUGUGCUCCCAUGUCUAAACGCAGAGGCGGUGUUGGUGUUGCGACAUGGAAUGGUUUCCUGUAUGCUAUCGGUGGCCAUGAUGCCCCAGCUUCAAGCUUAGCAUCUCGACUCUCAGACUGCGUCGAAAGGUAUGACCCAAAGACAGACAUGUGGACAGUAGUAGCUCCCAUGAGUCUCAGCAGAGAUGCUGUAGGGGUGUGUCUUCUGGGGGACCGUCUUUAUGCUGUCGGCGGUUAUGAUGGUCAGGUGUAUCUAAACACAGUGGAAGCUUACGACCCCCAAACAAAUGAGUGGACACAGGUCGCGCCGUUGUGUUUAGGUCGAGCCGGGGCUUGUGUGGUUGCGGUGAAGCUUUGAAAUGCCUCCAGCUGUCAAUCAUCUCCUGCAGUGCUCUGGUUGUAGUGUCUCCAGACAGAUCUGAGCAUCUGCUGACCAGAGUAGAGAAAAUCACUGACAUACAGCUGAAUACCCAACUGUGGUCUUCCUUUAUGCCUUCCAGUAUGUAUUUGUCUAUUAAAAGCAGUUUACUUUAUAGCUGUGUACAUCAAGAGCAAGACUUCCUCCUGUCCGUCUCUGAAGAACAGGGUUUAUUCAAUUGAAUAUGCCUAUGUUUAUCCAUUCGUUUAUCUCUGUAUAUCCCUACAUCCCUCGAUGUUUCAUGUUUCCUAUACACUGUCACAACCAUUUUAUAUAUGAACUACUGUUCAAAAGCUUGGGGUCAGUAAGGUUUUAUUAUUUCAUUUCUUUAAAAAAUAGAAAAAAAUGUAUCAUGGUUUCCACAAAAUAAAUUACGCAGUUAUUCAACAUUUCAUUGAUAAUAAAUAUUUUUUUCCAAAUAAGCAUAUGUCACCCUGGACCACAAAAUUUGUAGCAAAAUAGCCAACAAUACAUUGUAUGGGGCAAAAUUAUAGAUUUUUCUUUUAUGCCAUAAAUCAUUAGGAUAUUAAGUAAAGAUCAUGUUCCAUGAAGUUAUUUUAUAAAUUUCCUACCGUAAAAAUAUAUCAAAACUUUAAUUUUGGAUUAGUAAUCUACAUUGCUAAGAAUUUAAUUUGGACAAAGUUAUAUUUUUCAAUAUUUAGAUUUUUUGGCACCCUCAGAUUCCAGAUUUUCAAAUAGUUAUAUCUCGGCCAAAUAUCGUCCUAUCCUUACAAACUGUACAGCUUUCAGAUGAUGUAUAAAUCUCUUUAUGACUGGGACUGUGGUCCAUGGUCAUAUGUUAGAAAGAUUUCUGAAGGAUCAUGUGACACUGAAGACUGGACUAAUGACUGCUGAAAAUUUGGCUUUGCCAUCACAAGAAUAAAUUACAUUUUAAAAUAUAUUAAAAUAGAAAACAGAUAUUUUAAAUUGUAGUAUUUUUUCACAAUAUUACUUUUUUACUGUAUUUGUGUUGAGCCCAAAUGCAAAAGCAUUUAAAAAAAUCUUGCUGACCCCAAAAUUUUGAACAGUACUGUGUACUGUAUCUAUGUAUGUAUAUACAUGCAUUUAUUUAUUUACAACUAAUUAUUACACUUAGCAUUACUUUGGUAGCUUAUUUCCAUUACCCAAGUUUACAACUACAAUAUUUAAUACAUCACAGAGAACAGAGAAGAAACAGAGUGGAAAUGAUAUAUAAAAAUAUUCAGAGUCAAUUAAAACAUGACUAUAAAGUGCACAGCCAAAUUUUCUCUGUAGAAAUGGCCUGUUGUCUAAGAAUAGCUGGAGUGCAGUAAAGUGUCUCGAGGGAGAGCUAGAGUGCUGGAGAGAGAACUAGAAAACUAGUGUGUGUGUGUAUUUCCUUCCGUCUAUUUUAAAUGCAAGCAUUAUUAUUAAUGCUUUAGCAGUGAUAUUAAAAGUGUCAGUGGUUCUUGAUGAGAUUUUCAUCUUCAUUCAGGUGUUUAUUUUUU